AUAAUGAAUAUCGGUAUAACAUGCUCCCUUUUUCUGCUUGUGUGUAUAAAAGCACAAGGUCCUCUUUCAGUGGUGUCAACAGUUAUGGAUAUUGUGUCAUUUGGCAUCGACAUUUACGACUUUUUUGAUGGAUUAUUCGAAGAAGAGGCGAAGUCCACUCCGGCACCUGUUGACUACAGCAGAAUAAUAGGAACAAUUUCCAGUAGAAUUGAGACAUCUACGAAGACUUUAACUUUAAAGGUCGAACUACAAGCGCAUCUCGCAGAGUUACGCAGCUGCGCGUAUACUAUCAGGGAACUGCUGGAGGAAAUGGAAAAUAUAGCUAAAGCUAAGGACGAGAAAAAUAGAAAUGCAUAUAAAACACGAUUUCAUAAUGAGUACGAAAGGCAAAAAAGCGAAGUGUACAAAAUCAAAAGCUUGUUAUCUUUCACUACAAAAGUGUCAGGGAUUUCAAAUACACUAUUACAAUUAGUAGCUGAUGGAUUUAUUGUGGAAUUACCAAUUUGGAAGAGUUUAAAACAUACUAUAUGACGUUAGUGUCAAAUGCUGUUGCUUUGGAUUUAUUAAACGAAAAACUGGCUGUAAAGGAUCUUUAUAAUGAUACGCUGCAGCACUGGAAAGAGGCAUUCGAAAGAAUUAUUGAUGAUUUUCAAAAGCAAAUAAAUCGGUGUAAAAGAAAUUUUGAAACUUUGAGUAUCAAAGAUUUUGAAAAUAUUAAUGAUGCAAAAGAACUUUUUGACAAUAAUCAACUGAAAUAUCCCCAUAAGAUAAGCGAUGUUCUCUUUUUGGGAGGAAGCUAUUGCCUUAGAACUUUGAAAAACUACACCAAGAUUCUUAAAAAGAAAGAUGAUAAAGGGACAACAAUUGCAAUAUUUCCCGAUGACGAAAACAUAGCAUCGUUUCCCGAGGAGCGCUUCGAACGAAUACUUUCCAAGACUAGUUUCUUGAAUUGUGUGAAGGACACUGAAAUAUUGAUAUCAUUGUUUGAUGUUUUGAGUUAUGAUCUAGUUAUGUCUCUAAUAUAUCCAGAGAAGCAAGAAUCUGAGUUCCAAAUACUUUUAGAUACGAACACGACUGCGAAUGUAUCUAUGAUACAGGACGGAAGUAGUACACCAUAUUGGACAAUUGUGUACAUAAAGAAGCAAAAAUAUGGCAUCAGAUCAACGCUUCAUGAUACCGAUUAUGAUGUUGUCAUGUAUGAGAAACAAGUUGAAACGUAUGGUUCACAUGACUCAGCAUUAUACGUCGAAAUAAUCGUUCCAUGUGCUGUAGUUGUUGUUGGAAUAGUUGGGACAGCAUUUUUUGCCUAUAAGUGUUAUAAGCGUAGACAAGCAAACGCCACACCUGCUCCUGAACCUCCAAUCGAACGGAACAUUGUUGUAAGAUUUGGGAGAGCAGUUAAGAGUAAAUUUUCAAAAUAAUUUAUGUAUCAUAACUGUCACAAUCUCAUUGUGAGUGAACAUCUAUAUACAUGCGUACAGUUUAUAAAUAACAAAUUAUUAUUGUAUUCAGAUGAUUCUGCUAAUUUAGUGUGUGGUAAAUGUAAACUAGAAAUUGAGCGUUUGUUAACCCAGGACCUUGAAUGAGUGAGUAACUGGUUAAUACACACCAAAUUGUCAUUAGGCACCUAUAGGGAAAACAGAAUCAAUUUUAUUUGGCUCAAAGCCCAUAUUAAGGAACGGUAUGUUAUAGUACUGUGAUUAUGCACACCGACUCUUUAAAUGAGACUUACCGUCGUAGAUGGGAAGUUGAAAUUUGAUCGACAUUAUUUUAAUCGCAAAAUUCAUUAGUAGUCACACGAGAGAAGCUUCUAGCAAAUUACCAACAACCAACACAUCAGUCUUUAGAGAUCUUCGCGUCAAUUUUAUGGUGCGAAGAUAAAAGAUUGAUGAAGAUCCAAAAUAUUCAUUUAGUCAGGGCAGGGAUGUGAGGGCGCGUGACUACUAAGGAAUUUUGCGAUUAAUAGAAUAUCGAUCAAAUUUCAACUUCCCAUCUACGGCGGUAAGUCUCAUUUACUCUUCCCAUUCUAUUAAUCGCUAAAUCCCUUAUGUAGCCCCACGAGACUUCAGAGUUGGAUUUUCAUCAACUAAAAAGAAGCAAGAAACUCAGAUAUCUUGUGUAUAUUUCUUACUAUACAUAAAUCACACAUAAUAAGGUACAUGUUUCUAAAGCUCAGGCCCGUAGCCAGAGGCUAAUUUUAACCGAGGCAGUGUAGGGGGGUCCGGGGGCAUGCUCCCCCGGAAAUUUUUUUUUCUUUAGGUCGUCAAUGGUGCAUUCUGGAGGGUCCUGCGACUAUGUUUUACUACUUUAAAUUUGGUGUUUUUAAUGUAGUUUUGUACUGAUUUUUUACUUAUGAGUAUGCGGAUCCAUAAUUCUAAAUCUGAUUAAGAAUUAUCAAAUAGGCUGUAGAUCUAUAUUACGGCUGUUACUGUAAAGUCAUUCUGAAUGGGUGUAAUAUAUCAUUUCCCUAUGUUUUUGAACUUGAACUUUAAUUGGUACCAUUUGUAUUCUUAAUUGAAAUACAUGUACUUAAUUACUUUUUUCAUUGCAUGCCAAAUUUUAACCGAGGCAACUGCCUCACUUGCCUCAACGUAGCUACGGGCCUGAAGCUAUCUAUAAUUUCUGUCAAUAAUAUUGCUAUUAAGCAUUGUUGUAUUUUUGAAUAGUUAUGCAUUUAAAACAUAUCUCACAGUAACAUUUAUUUUUGUAACACAUUUUGUACAGUCCUAUUAUCCUCUAUCGUUUUAUCAUAGAACUUUGUAAAAGUGUUCGCAUUUUUCUACCCUGCUGUCUUUAUUAUUGUUCCCAGUGGUACACCAGAUAGUUUAGCUGCUGACGUUGAUGCAGCUCUUGUGCUGUGAGUACCGAAAUUAUCAAUCCCUGCCUUUGAAAGAAUGUUUUUAACCCAUCUUGAGAUUGUUUGUUUUGAGACAGCCUUGUAUGGUUUUUUGUGAACUAAUCAAAAGUUUUGUUUCUUUUCCCCUUAAAUAUUUAGUCCUGUGUAAAUAUUCUUGGAAAAUGUGUGCAAUACACAGACUCCUAUUCUCAUCAAAUUUUUUCAAUCUAAUAACUCCAAGAUGAUGACCCGGUUUUGAUUGUUUGAGAGAGUGAUUUGGACAUAUUAUCAAUUCAUUUUCUGGAAAUGCAAUAUCUUGUAAUUCAAUUAAAAUGCAAUGUUUGACAUCUUUGAGUUGUUAAUAACAGAAACAGUAUACUAAGUUUACAUGAAAGUUGAAGUAAUGUGGUGUCCUCCAUUUUCCCAAUAUAGGUUAGAACCAUGUUCGCAUCCCAAACUGACUGGUAUUUCGGCAAGGAUGGUCUUUCUUCAAAAAUUCCUGUUAAAUAGCGUUUAAGUAGAUCUAAUCGGUUUUCACUGAAGUCUUUAUUACCACAUAAUGUUGUAAGAUUAUUUAUUGCUGCCUUAGCACUCUGGAAAACACUAAAUUUGCACUCCUUCUUAUACAGAGUGACAAAAAAACGCUAAUAUGUGGUUGGCAGUUGGUUGAAAGGGAUUAACAUUUUUCCCGCAGAAAGUAAACCAUCUUUGUAUGUAUGAGUCAUAUUGUUCUUUGGUUGAUUUGUUUCAUGAUCGCAUGAUUGUUUUAACAGCAUCUCUUGGUACUCCCUGCGCCGUGAAAAGUUCCUGGAUAAUUUGAAAACUCCGAGGUUCAUCUUCCGCAGUGGAUGUUUUCGCUUUGGUUUGUGUGAGAGAGACAGGAUUGUGUGUGCCGCUGGGAGUUUGAAACAGGGACCGUUUAUCAGAUGUAUCAGAGAUGCCCACCAACUUUGUGCAGUCCGUAUUGGACAGAUGAUCACUACCUCUGCGUGAUCUUCUUCUAUCUUCUGGAGUAUUCUAGAAAUGAGAUUAAAGGGAGAAAAAAUAUAAUAUAACGUAUCAGUCCAUUGCAAAGAAAACGCAUCAACUGCCAAACCAUUACAUCCGGUUUGUAAGAGACAUACUCUUUUAGCUUGAAAUUUUUACUUGAGGCAAAUAAAUCUACUGUCAUGUCCGGAUAUUGAUUCUGAAUGUUUUCAAAUGUUCUGUGAUCUAUAGACAAUUCAGUGUUAUCAUUAAAGCUACUGGACAGUUCAUCUGCUUCUUGGUUGCAGACACCUGGAACGUGUGCUGCUGACAGAUAAAGUUUCCUACCAAUACACUAAAGCCAAAUUUCUCUAGCUAAAUUGUUUAGCUCUUGUGUCCCCCCCCCCCCUCCAAACUUAUUGAUAUAUGAGCAACUGGUUUACUUCCCCGCCCCACUUUUUGAGGCAUCAGAGUACAAAAUCACUGAUGGCGGUUGGCGGUCCAUGUGACACCACUUUGCUACUUUGAAGCUAACUGGUAAUUCUACUAUCCACCAUUGCAGCAUUGUGUAAUAAGAUAUUUUCAUAAGAGCCUCAAAGUCACCCUUUUCAACUUCUCAUCUUUCACCUUUUCUAAUGGCUUGUAGAAUAGUGGCGCAUAUUCUACGCCUGGGGCAGUAGCUACCAUUUUACCAGUUACUUUUGAAAAUUUUCUGAUGCUAAUUUUCUUUAAAGUCAAAAGAUUUUUGCACAAUUUUAUCAAUUCAUUAAUUCGAAUUAUUGUCAGUCUCACCGUCAUUGUUUCUGAACUUAACAGAAAACCAAGGAAUUGAAUUUGCCUGCAUGGAAUAAACAAUGAUUUUUGCGGGUUCACAGUAAGACCUAAUGAAUCCAUUAGUGCUACAGUAUCGAUUACAUUGUCUUUACAGGUUUCAUAUGUUUCUCCCUGUAAACAAGAAUCGUCAAUAUAUGACGUGCUUAUAUGUCCCUUUGCUCUUAGUGACGCAAACACAGGUUUCAUGUUUUUUGUAAAGACCCGUGGAGAAAUUGAUAAUCCCAUCACAAGAGCAGUAAACUGAUAUUUCACAUUUUUAUAAAUAAAUCUGAAAUAGUUCCUUUCUUCAUAUCGGAUAGAGAUGGAAUAAAAAGCAUCAGUUAAAUCGACCGAUGCGAAAAAUCAAUUUUCCGCAUGUUUUCUACUGCUGAUUUUAGUGUCUCCAUUUUAAAAUGAAUAUUGUAUGUCUGUGACCGCUGUCUAUUGUUCUGUAUUCUCUUGUAUCGGGGGUUGUGU